AUGAGAGAGUCUGUCGAGGACUGUGUACAUCUGCACGGCCUGACUGUCCCUGGACUGGAGCUGGUGCUAGAGUUCAUAAAAACCUCCAAAGUAAAGAUUGCCAAUGAGACCCUGGAAGACCUAGUUGAGACAGCCUCGUUCCUACAGGUCACCUCCAUACUCACGCAGCUGUCACUGGAGAUUCAGCUGGAGAACUGUGUGAAGCUGUACGGUCUCUCAGAGGUGUAUGGAGCUCAUGACCUACACAGUGCUUGUCUCACAUACAUGAGAAACCAUUAUCACCACAUGCUCAGGCGAUCUGACUUCAGCAGUCUGCCUGUGGAUGUCAGAGCGCAGGUCAAGGAGCUACGUAUGAAAGAAGACCCUUGGUCGAUGCUCAUGUACGAAGAAUUGGAGCAGAGAUGGAAACCUCUGGCAAACAACCUGCCAACAGAUAUGCUCAAUGUACGGGGGUACGGCUCUGCUGUCCUGGACAACUAUCUCUUUAUUGUGGGGGGAUACAGAAUGACGAGCCAGGAGAUCUCUGCCGUACAUUGCUACAAUCCCUUUAGGAAUGAGUGGAGCCAGCUCGCAUCACUCAACCAAAAGAGAUCCAAUUUUAAGCUCAUAGCUGUUCAAGGAAAACUCUAUGCUGUUGGAGGCCAGUGCUUGGGCACAGUGGAGUGUUACAGCCCUGAGCAGGAUGGGUGGACAUGUGUAUCUUCAAUGCCUGACCCUCUGACUGAGUUUUCUGCAUGCGAAUGCCAGGGCGUGAUUUACAUUAUGGGUGGAUAUACCUCCAGAGACAGAAACACGGAUGUCCUGCGGUACUGCCCCAGCGCCGACGCAUGGACAGUGUUUCGUUCUUGUUCGACACACAUUCGUAAGCAGCAGAUGCUGUCAGUGGAAGACACUAUUUACCUGGUGGGCGGUUACACUCAUGAGAUGGAGCCGAGGCUGAGGCGGCCUGGGGAGACAGAAGAUGUGCUGACAGUGCAGUCGUACCACGUGACGACAGGGGAAUGGCUCCAGCUGAAAGAGAACUCAUCCAAAUCAGCUGUGCUGUGA